AUUUAUUUGACGUUAGACAUAUGUGUCAAUUUUCAUGAAAUUGUUUUCGAGUUCAUCAAGAAUAAAUUGUUUAUUUAUUUUUCUGAAAGUCUUAUAAAACUCGUCCAAAAUGAGUGAUUCAGAUGAAAAAUCUGAGAAAAAACCUAUUAUAAUUAAAAAUGCAACUGAUUUACAAAGACUUAAGUUAGAAAAACUAAUGAAAAAUCCCGAUAAGCCGGUUGUUAUUCCUGAGCCACCAAAAUCUAAAUCAUUAGCUCCACCACCGGACUUCGUCCGUAAUGUAAUGGGCUCAAGUGCUGGCGCUGGCUCGGGUGAAUUUCACGUAUACCGUCAUUUGAGGCGAAAAGAAUACGCAAGACAGAAAUUCAUACAAGAAAAGAGUGAGAAGGAAAAACUUGAUGAUGAAUAUCAUCAGAAAAUAGAACAAAAUAGAAGAGCAGCAGAGGAGAAAACAGCCAAGAAAAGAGCCAAAAGAUUGAAAAAAAAGAAAAAUGCAAAAUUAAAAGGGAAGAAGGCAAAAACAGAAAAUAACCAGAACCCCUCUUCUCAGUCAGACUCAAGUGGAGAAGAUGACAACAAUGAACAGAAUGAGACAAACACAGACACUUGUACAUUAGAUAAAGACAAUGAAAAUACUUCAUGAUUUAGCUUACUUAAUAUAGGUUUAGUAAAUAAGAAAAUACACAAUUUUACAAAAUGA